CUCCUGAUACACUGGCAUCAAUAAUCAUUGAGGAAAAAGGGAGAAAAAGAAGCAGGUGAGCGGCCAGCGAGUUGGCAUCAAUGACAUCUCCACACGGUCACAGCAAGAGGAUGCGAAGGUGUCGGUGUGGCACCCGUCAGAGGAUGCAGCUAGUUGUCAUGGCAGCAGUAGUACUGCUGACGGGGACAGGCCAAAGCUGCAGAUUCGGCUGCCAUCCAACCAACAUCAGCAUGCCAGUUGAGAGCUGUGGUGGAACAGGGUUCAUUGACACCACCAUAUGUGCAGGACAGUGCUACCACGAGGAUCCAGUCUACCUAAGUCAGCAUGACUGGGCUGAACAAAGGACCUGUAAUGGGGACUGGUCCUAUGAGGUGAAACACAUUGAUGGAUGUCUGCUGGCUGUCACCUACCCUGUGGCUAGAAACUGCAAAUGUACGGUGUGUAACACUGGAAACACAGACUGCGGGCUCUUUCUUGGAAAUAUCCCCAAAUGUCUCCCCUUCUAAAUAAACCUAUAAUCUGUUAUAGGCCGAAAAGCAUUGUAAGAACCUUUUAUUGUUUGUCCACAUUAUAUAAAAACUUCCAUUGAUCAUCAAGCCUAAAUUAACUUGUCAAUAUUCUGGUUAAUCUACCAAGUGUAUGAAGUGUGCAAACUGCAGUGCUGACUGGAGUGUCUGUUCACUGUGACAAAAGCAGAUCUGUGUAACACACAGUAUGCUCCUCUCCACUAUGAUAUUCAUCUAUAACAUUUGCCGAAUUCACGAGAAUAACCAAAUAAUUAAGAAUUUAUCAUAGAAAGCAUUAUACAAAGAUUAUAACGUUUUUUCCCAACUCAAAAUUACACAAAAUUGAAAGUAUUUAUAAGGGAGUCUGAGGAAUUUCUCUCUCUCUUCAUCUCCUUGCUGUUGACGACAGCAGCUGGUGUGGCUGCUUUGACCUACAGUGUAGCAUGACGUGCUUUCUUCUGUUUUCAAAUCAUUAUGCAAUUGUUACACGAUAUACAAACAUUUCUCGUUAAUAAGAUAUAAGUUAUCUUGGCCAUUCCAAGUGAUAAAAAACAUGAACAUCAUACACCAUAAAGUGAUUAUACAGACCAACUUCUCAGCACUGCAAAUGUAACUGAUUUGAAGUGUCCUUGUCUGUCAUUUCUAAAUGGACCUUCAUUAGUAAAAUGAGGUUUUCCUUUUCUAUUUUGUUCAGUUACAAGAACAGAAUUGAAAUCAUAGGUCAGCAAUUAUCCACAGCACAUUUGAACCUCCCUUGUUUCUGCUCUGUUCUGUAGUUAACUCCUUAAACACAGAGGAAAUGUGUGCUUAAGAAACUCUUUAGUAAGAUAGGACAGAAGCUUUAACAUAUUAAAGGCUGACUGAAAGAUUCAAUGUCUUACCAAUAUUUAUGCCUCUGGUCCUGACCAAAUUCACUGAUCCCCAACAUUUCAAUGAUCCUGAGAUUCAAACUUUCAUGCUCACAACUGGAGGUCAGACUAGAGGAAAAACAGCCGGCCUCACCUCUUUUUUGACAGGUGGAAAUGAAAAUAUAGAGUUUAUCCAAAAGCUCCAAUAUUGUGCUUGCUGAUCAGUGGCUCUCUAUAGGAAGCACUAAAUUUAGAAAGUCCUCAGCAGACAAGCCAUCCUCUCGUUGGGACUCCUAAAGUGCAGUAUAUUGUUUGGAUGCUCUGGAAGAAAAUAAUAUCCUAUAGGUUUUCCAAUCUGUUUUUUUAGAUUUAACUGCUGCAUUUAACACAGUGGAAUGGUUCAGGUCGUACUUGACAGAUCACAUUUUUUGUGUCAGCCUUGGUGACUCGGUAUCCUCCUCUGCUCCUCUCUCGUGUGGGGUCCCCCAGGGCUCAGUUCUUGGCCCUUUCCUCUCUCUAUCUGCUUCCACUUGGUUCCAUACUUUGGAAGCACGGCAUGUCAUUCCACUGUUAUGCAGACAACAGUCAGAUUUAUGUGCUUCUUCAAAAGAAAGAUGAACACUCUGCCAGACGGUUACUUACAUGUCUUGACGACAUAAAGGCCUGGAUGGCGCUGAACUUUUGAAAUUUUACUGAUAAAAAGACAGAUGUGAUGGUUUUUGGUGGCGCCACAGGGACCCCCCCGUAGACCUGAGUUCCUUGGCCCAGUAUAUUAAACCUAAUAUCACAAACCUAGGGUUUAAAGUGGGCCCUGAGAUUAAUCUUAACUGUCAGAGCAAGGCUGUUGUCAAAGCUAGUUUUUUCCAUUUGAGGCAGCUGGCCAAAAUAAAGCCAAUUCUUUCAAGGCAGCACUCUGAGACAGUAAUCCACGCCUUUGUAACUACUUGGCUGGAUUACUGUAAUGCACUGUAUGUGGGGGUCAGUGGGUCCUCCAUCGCCCGUCUCCAGAUGGUACAGAAUGCAGCUGCAUGUCUUUUAACUGGCACACAUAAAUACGAGCACAUUUCCCCCAUUUUAGCCUCACUGCAGUGGCUGCCUAUUCAAUUUCGGGUCCAUUUUAAAAUUAUUUUAUUUGCUUUUAAAUUCCUGAAUGGUCUUGCCUCACCCUACCUCUCUGAGCUUCUACACCCUUAUUUACCCACCCGCUCUCUCAGGUCAGAUGAUCAGCUGCUCCUGAGUAUGACUAAAUCUAAGCGGAAGCUCAGAGGGGACCGUGCUUUUGCUGUGUCGGCUCCCAAACUAUGAAAUGAUCUGCCUCGGCAUGUUAAACAGGCCUCUUCUUUGUCGGUUUUUAAAUCACUUCUUAAAACCCAUCUCUUCUCCAUAGCAUUUGACACCUAGUAAGAGGUCGACUUGAUCUGAUUGAUUUUAUUCCUUAUUUUGAUUACUUUUAUUGCAUUUUUUACUCAUGUUUUAUGCCUUUUAAUGUAUUGUUGUAUUUUGUGCUUUAUGUGAGAAAUGAUGUCUUUCUAUUUAUGAUGUCUUAUUUA